AUGACAUCGUACGUUUUAUUGUUCUUGUAUCUCAAUACGCUCUACUUAACUUGCUGUGUCGCAAGCGUUAGGAGCGCGCCGAAACUUUCCAUGGCGGAUACUAAUGUAACGAGCGAUGACGGAGUCACCGAAACGCAACAUGCCACUUGCAAAAUAGCCACGGAAGAAUUGGUCGCGAGCGCACGUUCCACUGUCACCAGAGUGCUCACUGGAGCAUGCAACGCAAAGGCGAUCGACGAGAAAUUGCGAGCCCUUGAGAUGAACCUGACCCAAGAACUGGAUGAGAUCAAGACGAUCCUUCACGCGAUACUAGAGAACAAAAGGGACACGUUCAAACUGACCGAAACAUCGGACAAGAAUAAUUUAAGACGGUAUUACCGUGAUGGCGAUCCUAAAGGUGGUACACGAUCUUCCGGACAACACGAGAUCGACACGUUCAACGACACCGUGCAAGAAGUUUCAUCAGUAAAUGGGUCUUCGAACUUAUUCGUCUACCAAUGGCAAAUAAAGAACUUCGACGAGAAGCUGGAAAGCUGGGAAACCGCUCGUUCCGAGCGUAGCCCGACGUUUUACGCGGGUCAGAGUGGAUACGGCAUGUACAUGAAAAUGACACCGCGUUAUUUUCCGGACGGUACUGUCUUCAUGGCCGUUGGACUGACACGUGGCCGUUACGAUUCCAUCCUAAAGUGGCCAUUUCCCUGCAAGAUUCGCCUGGAGGUUUUAGAUCAGUCCAAUGAGCAACCGCGACAAGAUCGACGUUCACGGAUCUGGGAUCCGUCCACGCUUUGCUCGGAAUAUUUUUGGGGCCGUCCGAAAUUAACUGGAAAACCGGACAAUCCCGAAUGCGUGGGAUUGAGCGUCCCGCGGCAGGUGGUGUUCGCGAAGCUGCCCGUUCCGAGCGGUCGUUCCACGAGAAACACGAGAUACCUUUCGAACGGAACGAUCACCGUCCAGCUGACAGUUUACCAUUAA